AUGAAGAAGGCAAAAAAACAAGAGCCUGGUGGAAGGGGCAUUCUAAAACACAGUUCGUCACCGGCUGGUAGUGAAUCAAAGAUGGCUUGGAAGUGCGCUACAGCCGUCUUGGAUAAGGGUUCGGAUAUUGCCGAUAUCUUUGGUGUAAUUAAAGAUAAAAAACUGCAGUCUAGUGCCCAACCGGCGCGUGGCACGGUAAAGGGACAGUCACGGCUCACUACCUCCGAUGGUCUUUAUCGUGCGCCAGAGAAGACGUUGGAGCUGAGCGAUGCAGAUUUCUUUAACGUGUCCUCACAGCCAAAGGAAAAGAAGGGUAGAAAUAAGAAGACGGGAAAAGGUGGCGGCCCACUGGCUGAUUGUGAAGUACCGGAAACAUUGCUCAGGCGGGAAGGUGUUGACCGCAUCAUUACCGUAGAGGAGCUGCGGAAAAUUACAUCAUCAAACCCCAAUGCGGGGACAACUCCAAAUUGCCCCUUUGAUUGUGACUGCUGUUUUUAA